AUGCACACUAAAUCUGAAGCUAUAUGGGAUAAACAUACUAGUAAACCACAAGGAAGAGGAAUGUGGAAGAAUAUUCAGAAACAAAGAGAAGUAAUUGAACAAUUAUCCAUAAUCAAAAUCAGUAAAGGAAAUGCAAUGUCUUUUUGGGAAGAUAUUUGGGAUGGAACUCAAAAUUUAAAAACUAGAUUCCCUCUCAUAUAUAAACUAGCUUUAGCAAAAAAUUCUUCCGUCAGGGAUAUGAUCAAAAAUAAUACAUGGGAUAUAAAGCUUAGGAGAAAUCUUCAUCAACCAGAAAUGUCUCAGAUGCUUGAGGUUCUAGGGACUCCACCAACUCUAGAAGAUGAACUGAUAUGCACUGCAUCUGGAGGCUUCAGCCCCAAAACUUGUUAUAAAUGGCUCAUACAACAACUUCCUGCUACACCAAGUGAUGUUCCUUUCUAUUGCAUUUGGAUUCAGUUUGUGCCACCUAAAGUGUAA